AUGGGUGAGGCCAACCUUGCCCUGGCCUACCAUGGAAUUCGUGUAAUAAUCCUAUUAACAAGAAACACCCUCGGACCUCCAGCAGUUGCAGCUAGGGUUUCUGGGGACAUGACCGUGUUCCAUAGGUGUGAGUUCUAUGGUUUGCAAGAUACGUUGUGGGACAACCAAGGACGACAUUAUUUCAAGCGUUGCACGGUCCAAGGAGCUGUUGAUUUCAUCUUCGGUGGUGGUCAGUCCAUUUACGAGAAUUGUGCAAUAUCAGUGCUUGGAGGAGCCCUGGGGCCUGGAGUGACAGGUUUCAUCACCGCGCAAGGGAGGAGCAACCCAGACGAUGCGAGUGGGUUCGUGUUCAAUGAGUGCAAUGUGUUUGGCUCCGGCUCGGCCUUGUUGGGAAGGGCAUGGAGAGCCUACGCGAGAGGCAUCUUCUAUCGCUCCAAUUUCACCGACGUUGUGAAUCCCUGA